AUGUCAAAACCUGCUGUUGGAUUUGUCGGCCUCGGAGCCAUGGGCUUCGGUAUGGCGACACACUUGGUCAAGGAGGGAUAUCCCGUCUCUGGCUUCGAUGUAUUCCCCGCUUCCGUGGAGCGAUUCAAGGAAGCAGGUGGAACCCCGGCGUCUUCUCUGAAGGAGUCGGCCGAGGGAAAGCAAUACUACAUUUGCAUGGUAGCUUCAGCACCACAGGUGCAAUCGGUGCUGUUUGGCGCAGAUGGCAUUGUCUCCGCUCUUCCACAAGACGCAACUCUGAUUCUCUGUUCCACCGUGCCUGCAUCCUACGCACAAUCCGUGGCUUCGGAGCUGCAAUCGUGUGGCCGCGGCGACAUUCACUUUAUUGAUGCUCCGGUGUCGGGCGGGGCCAAGCGCGCCGGUGAUGGGACCUUGUCUAUCAUGGCGGGUGCAUCGGAUACUGCACUUGAGAAGGGUCAAUUCCUUCUCGAGGCCAUGUCGGAUGCGAAGAAGCUGUACCUUGUCCCCGGGGGCGUGGGCGCCGGAAGUAAUAUGAAGAUGGUCCAUCAGGUUCUUGCAGGGAUUCACAUCCUCGGAGCCAGUGAAGCGAUGGGAUUUGCGGCUCAAUUAGGAUUGGAUGCGACCAAGACCGCAGAGGCUAUCAAGAGCUCGGACUCGUGGACGUGGAUGCACGAGAAUCGACUGCAGCGCAUGCUGGAGGAGGACUGGCAUCCUGGUGCGAGUGCGCUGACGAUCAUCCUCAAGGACGUGGGCAUUAUUACUACCUCUGCGCGUGAGAACCAGUUCCCGACCCCUCUUUGCUCCACGGCCGAGCAAGUCUAUCUCUCUGCAUUGCUGCAGGGUUACGGUCGUGUCGAUGACUCCUCCAUGGUCCGCCAAUAUUUCUCCGAGCCCAUCACAAAAGUGACCAGCACCAAGACUCAGGACGAAACCACCGAAGCUCUGCAAUUAGUCCUGGACGUGAUGCAAUUGACCAACCUCGUGGCAGCAGCUGAGGCGAUCGCCUUUGCCAAAUACCUCCAGGUGGACCUGAAGCAGUUCUUCACCCUGGUCAGCGAUGCGGCCGGUGCGAGUCGGCAGUUCAUGACGGUGGGAUUGGAAAUGAUCGAGAAUCAGGUGGGGAAGAACUCGGAGACGAUCGAUCAUGCCAUCAGUCGCUUGGAGAAGGCGGUUCAAAAAGCGCGAGACCUGCACUGUCCAUUGCAUCUGGGUAACGCUACGAUGGGUGUGCUGUUGAUGGCGAAGCGAGCUGGACUCGGCGCCGAGGGAAGUACCAGCGUGGUGAAGAUGUUUGGGUUCUCAUGA